AUGGCCGGCAAAGGCUGCGAGAUGGCCAAACGCCACUUAUCCAAAUGUCCGGUUGUAUGCUUCGUAAGCCAGAGAGCGCCAAUGCCCAGCCAUGCGAACGAUUUCAGAGUCUACUUUCUGGGCCAGGUCGAAAGAAGCGCCACUAAUGCUGAAGGAAUGUCCGAAGGUAGUGCCCCAACUAUGAGUGACCUGAAUGCCAUUGAUCCAUGGGAGUGUCUAUGCGUGCAUAGGCUUGACCAAGCUAAAGGUGCAGCAGGCCAUUUCCCGGACACAAGUGUCGAAGGGUUCAUUGAGGCAGAAAGUGCUUUUCAGGAGAGUGAGCAUGACGAGGGUGAUUGGAUGGACUUGCAACGGGUGGCGUAUAUGUUCUGCAUGAUGUGUUCGUGGUCAUCCAUGAGACAAUGGCAAGGGCCAACUCUGUGCCAAGCUCAGACAGCGGCCAGGUAUUUCCUGACAACGGGGACUGAGACAGGCUCAAAGGGCUGUAACGUGGCCCAGGUAUGGGGUCAUCAGGUGCUGAGUCUGUGGCUGCCAACAGGGCAAAUGAGUGGAGCACAGCAAAGGAGGCAGGCGAAAGUUCUUGGUAACAGAGAAGAUGUCACAGAAGAGGUGGAACUUGCGUAG